UGGGCCGUGGGCUGGUCUGCCUUCUGCCGCCUAACAACACGGGGACGACAGAUAACACGCACACCGCAGGGGCACACAACUGUGAGCAUCAUGACAACGCUGCCGGACGAGUAUCCGACGGAACCGGUAUUGUGAAGUUCGUUUCGAGUUUUUUUUUUUUAAGGCUAACCUUACGUUUUCCGCCAGCGGCUCCAAAACCAGCGGAAGCUUAAUGAAGUUUAACAGGCUAACGUCGGUUGUAGCUAGCAGCGUUGCCUACAAGUGUCGCCUCUGUCCGGCAGCUUUGUUGGGUCAGCACCAGCUGGUGGGAGCAACCGGACAGUUGAAGUUGCUCGCCGAAAUACUAUGAGCAGCAGGUUGAGGACGUUAGCUUACGUCGGCUCUUUAAAUGUCAAACGGUGGGCUGCUAGAUAACGGUUAGGGCGGCCAGUACAGCCACGUUCAUCCCGCUCUCUGCCCGGACAUCAUAAUGUCUGCAUUACAUGGCUUUUGCUUAUGAACUUGCCUUUCAAGACAGCAAUGCGAUCUACAUUCUUUCUCAUUAGCUUGCCGGCGUCGGAUUAUUGCACUCCGUGGUCCAGACGUGCCCUGCCCAGCAGCCCCACUCAUCCCAUUUGGCAUGAUGAGUGAACAUUAUGGGAACGACAAGAUUCAGGUGGAGAAAAUGAGAUCACUGGGCGACGAUGCAGGCAAGGGGGAUGCGGACACAGAGCAGCAUAUCCCUGUGUCUUCCCCCUCUGUUUCUGCCUCACCUGACCCAUCCAGCAGCAUCACUCCAACUACAACUACAGCAGAGGCAUCCAGCUUCCCUGGCAUGUGUAAACAAAGAGGUAAAAGUCGCAGCAAGCCAGGAAAGGCUGACAAAAGCCCUUGUGUCAAGCCGGUCCCAGAUAAGUCACCGCUGGGCUCUGCAGUUCCCGACCAUGCCGUGAAAAUCUCGAAAUGUCCUGAAUACGCACAAACACUCCUCAUCAAAGGGACAGGGAAGAUACUGCAAGGCAAGUCGGAGCCUAACGGCAACUAUGUGACCAUCCCCGCAUCCAAAAAAAUACAAGAGACACGCAGUGAGGACGGACUGAAGCCAUCGAGAAAGAGAAGACCCGUGACGGUGGACACAUCAAAAGCCAAAACCUCCCUGGAGGCACUGAAGAUAAGCAUCAAGCAGCUAAACUGGAAAGAGUUUCCUAUUGGGAGACGAGCAGCCUGUGACAUCUACUGGCAUGGUGUUUCUUUCCACGACAAUGAAAACAUCGUCUCAGGGCAGGUCAACAAAUUCCCAGGGAUGGUUGAAAUGCUGCGGAAGAUCAACCUUAGCAGAGCAGUCAGGACCAUGCAGGAGCUCUUCCCCGAGGAAUACAACUUCUAUCCCCGUUCCUGGAUCCUGCCUGAAGAGUUCCAGCAGUUUUCCACACAGAUUCGGAUGGUAAAGGAGAACGAUGCCACGGUGAACCCCACUUUCAUUGUCAAGCCAGAUGGGGGCUCUCAGGGGGACGGUAUCUACCUCAUCCGUGACCCCAGUGAUCUGAAGCUCAUGGUGGGUGCACAUGCCAAACAGGCUGUAGUUCAGGAGUACAUCCCAAAGCCGUUACUCAUCGACAAGCUCAAGUUUGACAUCCGACUCUACGUUCUGAUAAAGUCCAUGGAGCCAUUGGAGAUCUACAUUGCCAAAGAAGGCCUGACGCGCUUUUGCACCGAACCCUACCAGGAGCCAAGCCAGAAGAACCUGAGCCACGUCUUCAUGCACCUGACAAACUACUCUCUCAACGUGCACAGUGGCAACUUUGUGCACUCAGACAGCCAGAGCACAGGUAGCAAGCGAACCCUCUCCAGUGUGCUGUACAGGCUGGCCGCUAAAGGAGUAGACAUCAAGAGGGUGUGGUCAGACAUCAUCGCGCUCGUUAUCAAGACUGUCAUUGCUGUAGUGCCUGAACUUAAAGUCCACUAUCAAGCAGAUAUACCACCAGGAAAACCAGGACCUACUUGCUUCCAGAUUUUAGGUUUCGACAUCCUUCUGAUGAAGAACCUGAAGCCAGUAUUAUUGGAGGUAAACUCCAACCCCAGUAUGAGAAUAGAACACGAGCAAGAAGUGGCACCGGGGGUUUUUGAAUAUGUUCCCAGCCCAGUGGAUGAAGAGGUCAAAGUGGGUGUGAUCAGGGACACUCUACGCCUCAUGGAUCCUGUGUGCAAGAAACCAACAAUAACGUCCCAAGCGAGGGGGGUUGGGCUUGAACACAUGGAAGACGUUCCACUGGAUCCAGAUUCACAAGCCGGGAGUCCAGACGAGGUCGGCAAUCUCCCAUCUCUGUGUCUGAAGCAGGUUUACCCAAAGUACACCAAGCAGUUCAACUACCUGCGGCUGGUGGAGCGAAUCGCAGCCCUCUUCAUACGCUUCCUCGGGGUCAAAGGCAACAUGCGCCUCGGUCCCACAGCCUUCCGAACUUUCAUCAGGACUUGUAAACUGAGCAGCAGCAACUUCACCAUGGCCUCAGUGGACAUCCUGUACAUCGAUAUCACACGUCGCUGGUCAGGGGUGGUUCCUGACUCCAGAGAAGCAGGAAUGGGACUCCAAGCGUUCGUGGAAGCCUUUUUCUACUUAGCGGGUCGCAAGUUCAAAUCUGUGGUGCUGAAGGAGCAGGUCGUGUCUCUGCUGGAGCUCUGCGAGGCUCAGCUGGAGCCGCAGCAGAGCUUUGAGGACAGACGCUCUUUGAGCUGCAGCAGGGCGCUGCCACGAGCCGUCAAAACUCAGACGGUGGGCCUCACCAACCCUCAGCUCAACUCACCGGCUCCUCAGCGAAGGGCAGCCAGCCACGAUUACCGGCUGCAUCCCAGACUCAAGCCCCGCACAGUCAGAGCCAGCGUGGAGAACUGAUGGGAAAGAAGGAGCCCUCCGAUCCUCAAACACUGCCCACAUCUCUCUCUCCACAGAAGCAGGGAGAUAAGAGAUCCAUUCCUCCUCAGCAGCUCCUCACACCGACUAGCUUGACCCCUGCUGGCUGACUUCGGAUGACUGUUCUCAGUCUGAUUGCUUUUUUUCUUCCAGGGAGGAAGAUGUCUGCAGGGGGGGUUGGGAUGGAAAUGGAGGAAGAACACCAGUGGACUCCGUCCUCCCCUCCCGGUGGGAUGAUGCAUGAACAGUGCGCGCCUUUCAUGAGGCCGUGUCUGCUUUUAAUGGGCAAACUUAUUCUAGAGGGCAGCUAUUUGCUCCCCUUCACGUUUGUCCGGCAACAUUAGCACUGAAACACGCUCUUUUCAGGGAUAACAUUAGAUGCUCCGUGUCGGUGUAAGUUCACACACAUCACACGUAAACAAGUGGGCGUUUCUUCACUGUAUCAUUAUUUUUCGAAUUUGCACAGCACAGCAGAUCUUGAAACUAUUAGUUUGCACAAAAGUGGAAGAGAUGCCACCUGGGCAUUUGUGUGCACAUGUGUGCAAGUAUGCGUGUACGUUCAGUCUAUUUAUUUCUGUGCAGCUCAGUGGUGAAAGCCUAUUGACAGCAAGUGGCUCAGCUGUGCACCCUCCAGGAGCCCAUUGGUGAGGAGUUAAGUGAAUAAGUAUUCACUUAUCCUCUUUCAGUUCAACAGCUAUUCCUGUCAGGCAGCCUUAGACCUUCCGUAAAUAUGUUUUUAGGAUGAUUACAUUGUAGCCACGUUACUGCCACAGGGAAUGAACUAUUUCAGAAGUAAAUGCAUGGCACCAAAUUCCAGAUUUUAAAUAGACAUUUCCUACAUAUAAUUUUGAAAGCUUUUUUUUUAAAGUACACAUUGUAUGACAUGGAUGGCAGCUACAAAAAAAACCUGGUGAGUGGUGGAUGCCAAGAUAUAAAAAUCCCAGUUGUUUUCUAUUUAUUUACACUACACUUUUUGCACCAA